CAAAGAGCAAGACUAAAUCAAUCGUCAACCCUUACCAAGGGAGAAUAUGUGUCCUCCAUCCCUAUAAAUGCUAGCCGUACCAGUUUCUUUGCUAUAUACUUGCAUUCAUGUCGAUCCAAGGUCUGCCUAUCGAUGUUACAGUUGUUGGAUGUUACAACUUGGAGGACAAGGAAUGGAUAUCAACACAAGAUCCUUAUGUUUGCAUUGAAUACGGAAGUACCAAGUACAGUACCAGAACCUGCACAGAUGGAGGGAAGAAUCCUACCUUCCAGGAGAAAUUCGUGUUUACGCUCAUCGAAGGCCUCAGGGAAUUGAAUGUAGCUGUUUGGAACAGCAACACUAUCACUUCCGAUGAUCUUAUCGGCAGUGGACGGGUUCAACUCCACAAAGUCCUCUCCCAAGGCUAUGACGAUUGUACCUGGUCACUUCAAGGCAAAUAUGGCAGGCACUCGGGAGAAGUAAGACUCAUAUUACACUACUCUAACGCCAAAGCCACUGCACACACACAACCACAAAAGUGCAAGACAAAAUCAAUUUCAGAACAUGCACCGUCUGCCCCCUUCAGCCAGGUUUCACCAUACGGUUACCCACCGGCAGCGCCGCCGAAUCCUUACCCGACAAUGCCGUAUGCAGCUCCGACUGAAUACAAGUCAUCAUAUCCUACUGCCACAGCGCCGUAUCCGCCUACUCCGAUCGGUGGUUAUCCUCCACAGUUCCCUGCCGUAGCUUAUCCUCCACAAGCCCCUCUGACUGGUUAUCCACAACAAACAUACCCACCUCACCCUCAGGCCUCAACUAUUUAUCCACCAGCUCCAGGCGGAAUUUAUCCUCCUCCACCGCCGCCCUAUUGAGCUCCUUCAAUCACAUCGAUAGAAGCAUCAAGAAUUCCUGGUCUGAACCACAAUGGUUCUGCGGUUAUUAUGAUCCAUGAAGAAAAUAUCGUUGUAUUGGAUGAAUAUAUUUUCCUGUUUUGAUCUGUUUCAAGCAUCAUUAUGUUUCUCUUGAUGAAUUGGUUUCUUGCAUUCUACUGUCUUCCUGCAGUUCUAUAUAAUAAAAGA